AUGUUUUGCUGCUCUAAAGGGACCGGAUUCCUGCUUGUGAUUCACAAAGUGCAAGCUGUAGUCACCCUGAACAAGAUGACAGCCAUCUCUCCAGAUCCUGUGACGGUGGCCUCAAGUGAACACAACAAAGUCCCAGGAGCAGAAACUCCUGAGGACCAAAAAGCUAUCUCAAAAGGAAACACAGCUGACCCAGAGUCUUUCAGACAGAAAUUCAGGUGGUUUUGUUACUCAGAAGAGGCUGGACCCAGGAAAUCCCUGACUCAACUCUGGGAGCUCUGCCUUCAGUGGCUGAGACCUGACAUUCACACAAAAGAACAGAUUUUAGAGCUCUUAGUAUUUGAGCAGUUUCUGGCCGUUUUGCCUGGGGAGAUCAGGAUUUGGGUAAAGUCACAACAUCCUGAGAGUAGUGAGGAGAUGGUGGCCCUGAUAGAAGAUUUGACCCAAACACUUGAAGAGAAGGAUGGUGAGAUACUUGAAGAAAAGGAAGAUCCAGUUGCUCAAGAUUCUGCUCUUUGCCAAGAGGAAAACUCAGAAGAUACAAUGGUUGCAGUUCUUUCAAAUACUGAAUCAUGUGAAACCAUAACAUUCAAGGAUGUGACUGUGAAUUUUUCCAGAGGAGAAUGGAAGAAGCUGGAGCCCUCUCAGAAGGAGCUAUAUAAGGAAGUGCUAUUAGAGAACUUAAGGAACCUAGAAUUUCUGGGCUCUUCAGUUUCCCAGUUAGAUGUGAUUUCCCAGCUAAAGUGGAUUGAAUUGCCAAGGGUGCUGGCCAAAGAAAUCUCAAAAGACUCCAGACCUGGUGAGUUGGUGAAAGAGAGUGAGCCUAGGGGUGAGUUGGAGCCGUCUGUUCAAAAGCACGAUGUGCUUAUUGAAGGAUCAACUUCAGAGGAAAUAAUAGAAAGAUGCUUCAAGGAUGAUGGUUGUGGCUUGACUGCAGAAUUAAGGAAGCGUUAUGGCAGAUCUGAUGAGGGUCCUGGCAGACGACAUUCAAAAGGAACACAUAAGAAAGCUCAUCAGCGAGGCAGUAAAGGUGAAGACUUUGACUCAGAGAGGAGCCCUGGUGCAAAGCACUUCAAACGAACUUCUGACUUGAUGAAACAUGUGAGAGCCUACUUAAGGAAGAAGUCGCGGAGGUAUAAUGAAUCCAAGAAACCCUUCAGUUUUCAUUCCGAUCUUGUUCUGAACCGUAAAGAACAUUCUUCAGAGAAGUCACAGAAAGGUGGAGAAGGUGGGAAGAGCCUAAGUCAUUCUUCAUCUCUUAGUGAACAUCACAAACGUCAGAAAACGCAUUUGGGAGAUAAGGCCAAGUGCAGUAAAUGUGGGGUGUCCUUUGCCAAAAGCUUAUCCCGUACUGAGAGAGAAAAGAUGAUGUGUGAAAAAUGUCAGAAGAAGUUACGACAAGAUACAACCUUAAAUAAAGAUGAGGGACCUGAGACCGGGAAAAAAACUCAUAAAUGUAGUAAAUGUGGGAAAACCUUUAGCUGUAAUGCCUCACUCACCAAACAUAGAAAGCACGCUGGAGAGAAAUCCUUUAUGUGUAGUGAAUGUGAAGAAGUUUUCGGUGAUAGUUCAUCGCUCAAACGGCGUCGCAAUAGAGAAAAGCCCUUCAAGUGUGAUGAUUGUGGAAAAUGUUUCAGCCUGAGCACUCACCUCAUUAAACAUCAGCGAAUUCAUACUGGAGAAAAACCCUUCAUAUGUAAAGACUGUGGGAGACCCUUUAGUGAGAGUUCUUCUCUUGCUCAACAUCAGCGAACUCAUACUGGAGAAAAACCCUAUAAAUGUGACGAUUGUGGGAAAUCCUUCAGUCAUAGCUCUUCCCUUUCCAAACAUCAGAGAAUUCACACUGGAGAGAAACCCUAUACAUGUGAAGACUGUGGAAAAUCCUUUAGACAGAAUUCUUGCCUUACUCGACAUCAGAGAAUUCACACUGGAGAGAAGCCGUAUUUGUGUAAGGAUUGUGGAAUGACUUUUAGCCAUUUUACAUCUGUCAUUUAUCAUCAAAGACUUCAUUCAGGAGAAAAACCCUACAAAUGUACCGAAUGUGAGAAAGCCUUUCCUACUCAUUCCCUCCUCAGUCGUCAUCUGAGAAUUCAUACUGGUGUGAAACCUUACAAAUGUAGCGAAUGUGAGAAAACCUUCAGUCAGAGUUCAUCUCUUAAUGAACAUUACAGAGUUCACACUGGAGAGAAACCCUACGAAUGUGACUUUUGUGGAGCAACCUUUAGUCGGAGUUCAGUCCUUGUAGAACACGUAAAAAUUCACACUGGCAAUAGAGAAUAUGAAUGCAACAAAUGUGAUAAAAUAUUUAAAAGUAAUUCAAGUCUUAUCAGACAUCGGUUAUUUCACUCUGCAGAGUAAUUCUGGGAAUAUAGUAAGGCAGGAGAAAUUCAGUCCAAAAUGUCCCCUUAUCAUCUCCUUACAUAUACACCUGGAAUUUAAAUUACCAUAACAUUUAUGAGUAACUGCAACUUGAAUGGGUUGGCAGCUAAGAAGAAUGUGCAUCUUCAUUCAUUCCUCUUACCAAGAAUGUCAACUGCUGGUUGGUAAAGUUAUGUGGAAAGACAAGAAGGUAUGUGAUGUGAAAUGCUUCUAAAAAGCCAAAAUUAUAUUUGAAAAGUUCUUUCCUUUAGUGUAUUUCUCUUUCUUUGGCUCUUCUUUCACUGCCACGUAGCAUUAUGGAAAGAGAACUUGACUGGAUUCAGAUUACUUGGGUAUGUCCCCAUUUGCCAACCAACUCACCAUAUAACCUUGCACAAAUAACUUGACCCUUCUGAAGUUUAGUUUCUUUGCACAUAGAAUGCAGGGAUGGGGCUAUUGAUUUCUAAGUUUCAUUUUGUUUCUAUGAUAUUCUCUAAUGCUAUGGAAAUCAUUUAAACAUUUUUCGUCCAUUAGAAUGUUUUCAUUUGCUUAGUAGAAAACUACCGUGUUGCAGGAUACUGGACGUAUGGUAAUGUGAUAUACUUUUUGAAUACUUGAUGCAGGAAUCCCUAGAAUGUGAUAAAUAGGAACAGAUCAGGGAAGCUCAAAUAAGUUUGCCUUCAGGGAAUGUUCUAAUCAUACAAAUCACCACAAUCUUUUUUUCUUUUGAGUAUUGGCUAAGGGGGUUGAGAAUAUAAGAAUUUGCACCUGAGCCAAUUGAGCCAUGCAUCAUAGGAAGAUAGAUUGAGGGUGAUAGAAAAGACACAUGCUGAAAAUAGCUAUUCUGGAUGGAUUUUUUUUUUUUUAUUUUUUGCAAAAUAGAAGUGUAUAUUUUUUAAAAACUUUGUAGCAAGCACAGCUUCCUGUAAUUACAGUGUAAGCAUUCUGUAUAGCAAAGGUCACAAUCAGAUUGGGUCAGAGUGGGCCCUUGGACAUGUUUUUGGUGUGUGUGUGUGUGUGUGUGUGUGUGUGUGUAUACUUAUCACUAUUUUAAAAUUAGGGAAUUCCAUGUUAAUACUAUCAUACUGCGCCCUUAUUUCUGUGGAACACUCAGCUGGUUCUGAGUAGCAGCUGCCACCUUGAGAUGGAUAACAUAUUCUCGUUUAUCAAGUUAUUUCAUGUAUAUAACCUGACUUUUCCUCUGUAGGAAUUUGAUAUUUUGAUCGCGUACCAUCUGGAAAAUACAUAGACUGAAACCCCAUUGAUAGCUAGUACGAUUCAGGAAAAGAAUGUGGAAUUGAUAAGAAUAAUUGCUAUAUUUUCUGUUGUUAUAUUUUCUGUUGUGUGUGAGAGUAGUCCUUGAAGGAACGGAAUAUACGGGUAUUGAUGGAUAUUCUUUAAAAAUUUCAUCGAGGAGUCUGAAUAAUAAUUUCUAACUGAAAAAGGAACUAAAGAUCCUGAGUGUGUUAGGUUUGGGUGUCAGGUCACUGGGUUCUAGAGAAUCCCCACGACUGAAGAGUGGUACAGAAAUGAGUUCCUAAGGUUGAAAUUUGAAGCAGCUCCUGUAAAAAGAGAACUUGAACCAUAAAACUCCGCGCUUGUGGAAAUAAAGAGAUCCUUAAUGCUGAUGUGAGACUCAGGAACGUUUGCUGUAAUGUAACAUGUUUGGUUUGAAAUGCUACCUCUGGAUGUAGGGUUUUCGGUUUCUUCUGGUGCCUCCUUCAUCCCCCCACCCUCAAAGCCUGCAGUUCAGAGUCUGCUGUGUGACAGCUUGAUCUGCACAGUUACCGCUGACCAGAUGCACUCUAGCAUGGAAGGAAUGUCACCUAAGGAUCAUCCACAUUGGUGUAAGUUUUUUUUUUUUUUUUUUUUAAUCCUCAUAAGAUAUAAUGUAUGGGAAGAAUUAAGAGGAAUAUGUAAAACUCUUAAAGUUGUUUUAGGAUGUUUCAUAACCGGUUAGACCCACCCAAUUUGCAUAAGAGGAUGUUUUAUCCCGGUGUCAGUUGGGAAUCUAGAGCACAAACUUUGUUUUCCAACUUUUUAAGGUAUAAAUUAUAUAUAAUAAUAAUAAUAAUAAUAAUAAUAAUAAAAGCAAAACCACACACACAGUUUAAGUGUGCAGUUCAGAGAGUUUUAGUAAAUUUACUGAGUGUGCAGCCAUUGCCAUAACCCGCUUUUAGAACAUCACCUUAAUCAGAUCCCUUAGAUUUUUUCUAUCUCCCCUUCCUACCCCUACUCCCGGGCAGCACUAGUUGAUCUACCUUCUGUCUGUGGAGUUGCCUUUUCUGGAUUUCUUUGUGGUUUUAAUUUGCCUUUGCCUGAUAACUGAUUAUGUUGAUUUAUCUUUCAUGUGCUCUUUAGCCAUUCAUAUAAGUCUUCUUUGGUAAAAUGCCUACUCAACCUCUUUAAAAAUUGAGUUGUUGUUAAUUGAGUUACAAUAGAUCCUUUACCUGGAUACAAGUUCUUUGUACAGUAUAGCUUUGUAAAUAUUGGGUAGCUACUGAGGGAAACCAUAGACCCUUCUGCACAGUAUUUAUCAGUAACUAAGUAUGUAUAAUUGCCUGAAUGACGUUCAGUCUGGCCCAUCACCCAUGUACUUAAAUCCAUCAUUGGAAUAAUCAGAUCAAGAGCUUUUCAACUGCUCACUCCUCAUAGAAUUGAUUUUAUUAAGCUUUAUUUAGAAUUUUUGUUCUUGUUUACAUUGAUGAGUGUUAAAGUUAGCCCUGUGACAAAUUUUAUUUUACAGUGAAGCUCGUGCUUUUAAAAAUAUUUCCCAGUAACGAGUUUCUUUUGAAGAAAUUUCUUUUAAGUCACAGGACAAGACAAGAUUUCUUUGUAUGAAUUCUUUUUCUUUCUGGGGAUAGGGCCCAGGGACUCAUGCACGGUGAACAGACACUACCACUGAGCCAUAUCCCCACCCUUGAAUUCACUCUUAUUUUACCUAUUUUACAAUUCUUCUUUAAUGUAAUAAAAUAUACAUAAUGUAAAGUUAGCUGUUGGGGUUCUUUUUGUGUUGUGUAAUUCAGUAGCAUUAAUUAUAUUAACAUGUUCGUAAAAUCAUCACUGUUUAUCUCCAGGACUUUUCCAUCAUCCCAAACUGAAAUUCUGUACUCAUUAAACCAUAACUCAUCAUUUCCCCUCCAUGCUCAUUGUGACCACUAUUCUAAUUUGUCUACAUAUUUGAAUUUUAGACACUUCACAUAACUGAGCUCAUAUAACAUCUGUUCUUUUGUGUCCGUCUUAUUUCACUUUGCAUAAUAUUUGGUAAACAUUCCUUUUGUUUCAAGGAAAUGUUGAAUUGGAUUUUCUAGUUCAGGAAAUCUUUAUAAAAUUCUUUUAUAAGUCAUCCAGAUAACAGUGAUAAAGAACCCAAGAUCACGUAUUGUUUUAUGCUUUUUUGGUUCCAUAACUAGCAGUGAGUAUUCCAUAACAUUUGUACAUAUGCAUAUGUCCUGAAGAAUUUUAGUGACUGUAUCCAUAUCUCAUCUUGGAAUCUACUUCAGAAAACUGAACAAGAAUAUCUUCAAUAUGAAUUGUACACUGGAAUAAAACAACGAGAGGUUAUUUUGCUUUUAAAUUCUGAUGUAUCUGGUCUUUGACUUAGCAUAGCUAGAAUUCCAUCUUCACAGUACAAAUUAAUCUCUUGUUGAAAUUCCUUGACUGAUGGAAAUUGAUCAAAAAUAUCUGUCAUGAAUUUGAGAUUUUAGGCAAUGAAUUGACAUUUCUUUGUAAAUUUGGAUGUUCUUUGAAAACAGAAUAUACUCAAAGUUUUCCUUGAGCAGUGUCUUAUAUCACACAAUUCCUCUGAAACUAAAACUUGAAAAUUUUCAAAUUUUGAAUCAAUUGAUCUUUGAUAUUAUUAGACAAAUAUGCCUAUAUACUCUGUUAGCAAAAUAUAAUUUGCUCAUGUAUAUUCUAUGAGCAAAAUUGUUAAAUGGUACAAUCGAAAAAUUACAGGGUUUGUUUUUUUUCUAUCAGGGUUUUUGUGUGUGUGUGUGUGUUUUAAGAGGUCUUAAAAUUUUCUAAAUGAAUUGUCAUACAUAAAAUAAUCUCUUUUUUGUGGCAGUGCUGGAGUUAAAUGUAGGGCCUUGUGCAUGCUAGACAAGUGCUCUGCCACUGAGCUACACCUCUAGCCUGACUCUUUAAAUCUAACUUUCUUUUUUUGUGUGUGGUCAUGUAAGAAUUAAGCUGUUUUAAUAGUGUGCUGUGUUUACAAACAGUCUGCUAAAAUUUUUUAAAAUUGUUUUGUUAGAAAUUUAAUUCUCAUUUCUUAUGACUAAUUUUGUGAAUUAUUUUUUGACUCAUUUGUUAAAAAAUUAGUAAUUCUUAAUGAUUGUCUUCAGUGUUACCUUUUAUGUUAUCUUCAACACUUGAAUUCAACAGUCUUUUCUUUUCAUUUUGCUGUAAAUUGCAAUCGGUGUUGAUCUUUGAAUAUGCACUAUACUCUCCUAGUCCCGUUUUUGCUGGUUGUAGUACUAGCUUCUGUAUCUGCACUGAAUUUUGCCUCAAUGAUAUGCCUUGUUUAAAAUUUAAAUAUUUUCCAUAUAUUUUUGCCUAGAAAAUAAUUAUAAUAGCAAAUGUCUCAAUUUAAUGAUUAUGAUUUACGUGCAAAACACUGUAACUUGUGCUGUCUGCAUAGGUAUAUUCUAACUUGUGCUACCUGCAUAAAAUAUCCAAGUAAACCCACCAUAAUAUUCCAUCCGUGCAUAGAAAAAAGUCAUCUGAACUGAAUUAGUCAUUUGAUACUGACUAGAUUGGUGAUAUGUUUGUACGUAACACUAAAAACAAUGCACGUUCUAUACAAGUGUUAGAAGACCAGUGUCCUAUGCGAUGCAGUGGUUAAAGUGAAUUAUAGUUCUGUCAAGACAAUAAAGUUGUGUUUAAUGAAAAAAUA